AGAGAGUAUGAGGACAGCAGGACAGGCCCCAGAGACUGAUCUGUCUGGGACAUGGUGAGAGUGUCAGGAAGAAGACAGAAUCCGUUUCUUUUUCCUUGCCACUGCUCGGAAAAUGAACAUGUCGGCAAAGGUAGUAUUUGGAAAGGGACGGCUCACUCCUCAGCAGCUCUCCUUCACGCUCCCUCAGACAGAUUUCCUGAGGAAAGGCAGCUGGUCGGGAACAGGAAAGAGGAGGAUGUUCUCUUUUUCUUUCAGAUGUCGACUGGGCGUCGUCAGAGGUAGAACCAAAGAUGAAGGACCAUACUCAAAGGGGAGCAAGGAGGCAGGGACAACUGACCAAUCACAUUCGUCCCGGAGGGGCAGCCUUUCAGCAGAAGAAUACAGAGGAGUGACCACAGUGGAACUGAUGAAAAGGGAGGGCAGCAGCCUUGGCCUCACCAUCUCCGGAGGGUCUGAUAAGGACGGCAAGCCCAAAGUGUCAAACCUCCGGCCAGGUGGGCUAGCUGCCAGGAGUGACCAGCUGAAUGUAGGAGACUACAUUAAGUCAGUGAACGGCAUCAACCUGUCAAAGCUUCGUCAUGAUGAGAUCAUCAGCCUGCUGAAGAACAUUGGGGAGCGAGUUGUGCUGGAGGUGGAGUAUGAGCUGCCUCCAAUCGUCCAGACCCCCUCAGGAGUCAUAACCAAAACCACUGAAGUGUGUUUACACAAGGAGGGAAACAGCUUUGGGUUUGUGAUGAGAGGAGGCUUCCAUGAAGACUGGCGCAGGUCUCGUCCUCUGGUAGUUACUUACAUCAGACCCGGAGGUCCUGCUGACAGAGACAGCACUUUGAGGGCUGGAGACCGAGUAUUGAGCAUAGAUGGGAUGCCUUUAAACAGAGAGAAGCACGCAGACGCUCUGACCAUGCUGAUGCAGAGCGGCCAGGAAGCUUUGUUCCUGAUUGAGUAUGAUGUCUCUGUCAUGGAGGCAGUGCAGCAGGCAUCGGGCCCUCUGCUGGUGGAGAUAGUGAAAGGUCCAUCUGCCAGCCUGGGGAUCAGCCUGACCACAACAAUAUACAGGAGCAAACAAGUUAUUAUUAUUGACAAGAUAAAACCUGCCAGCGUGGUGGAAAGGUGCGGAGCGCUGCACGUAGGUGAUAUCCUCCUGUCUAUAGACGGGACCAGCGCAGAGCAAUGCUCCCUGAUGGAGGCCACACAGCUACUAGCGAGCACCUCAGAUGCUGUCAAACUAGAAAUUCUUCCAGCUAGUCAGAGCAGACUUCCUGUCAGGCCACAGGACACAGUAAAGGUGCAGAAGAGCAACCAUCAUCACUGGGACCAAAGCAGCAACUACUGCCAUGCCCCACAUGGCAGCCACAGCAAGACAUGGAGCAGCCCGAGCCACCCACACAACCAGCAGGACCUCUGCAAAUCUCUGGUGAGUGGUGGCUUCUCCCCUUCCUCCACAGCCACCUCAGGCUUCAGCAGCCAGAGUAGCAACACGGUGCAUUGUCCCAUUCCUGCAGCUGCUCCCACCAGCCCACGUAGCUCGACUGGCAAAAGGAGGAACAGGAAGAAGGACCACAAGAGCUCACUUUCUCUGGCAGCUAGUUCUGUUGGCCCAGGGGGACAGGUUUUUCAUGUGGAAACGAGCGAGAUUGUCUUGAGGGGGGAUCCACUCACAGGUUUUGGGAUCCAGCUCCAGGGGGGUGUCUUUGCCACAGAAACUCUGUCUGCUCCCCCAGUCAUUCGCUUUAUCGAGCCAGACAGCCCAGCUGAGAGGUCCGGGCUCCUGCAGGUUGGAGACCGACUUCUGUUCAUUAAUGGGAUCCCAACUGAAGAUGGCACUCUGGAAGAAGCCCAUCAGCUACUCAGAGACUCUGCUCUGGCCAAUAAGGUCACAGUGGAGAUUGAGUUUGAUGUUGCAGAGUCAGUUGUACCCAGCAGUGGCACCUUCCAUGUUAAACUACCCAAGAGGAGAGGAGUGGAGCUGGGCAUCACCAUCAGUGCAAGUAAAAAGCCUGGCAAGUCCCUCAUCAUCUCUGACAUCAAAAAGGGAAGCAUAGCACACAGAACAGGCACUUUGGAGCCUGGAGACAGGCUGCUGGCCAUCGACAAUGUGCGUCUAGAGAACUGCUCCAUGGAGGACGCCAUGAAGGUGUUGCAGCAGGCAGAGGACAUGGUCAAACUCCGAAUCCAGAAGGAUGAAGACAACAUUGAUGAGUUGGAGAUGUCAGGCUCCAUAAUCUACACAGUUGAGUUGAAGAGAUACAACGGACCACUGGGCAUCACAAUUUCUGGCACAGAAGAGCCCUUUGACCCCAUUGUCAUUUCUGGCCUCACCAAGAAAGGUCUAGCAGAGAGGACCGGGGCCAUCCAUAUAGGGGACAGAGUCCUGGCCAUCAAUGGGGUCAGUCUAAAAGGAAAGCCACUGAGUGAGGCCAUCCACCUCCUGCAGAUGGCUGGGGAAGCCGUCACCCUUAAGAUCAAGAAACGAGCAGAACAGUCCGAUGGCCAACAGGCUCCAGACAGAGAAACUGGGUUUCUAAGUGAUACAGAGGAUGAACUGACAGAGUCCAGGAAGACCAGUAAACACUCCGAGAUCUACUCGACCACUGUGCCCAGUAUAGACUCUGCCAUGAGCUCCUGGGAUAGCUCGGGGUUUGACGCAGGCUACAGUAGCCAAGGGACAUAUCUUCACAAAGCAUCUGAUAUCCUGCUCAAUCCAAAUGACUGGAGGCACACAAAGCACAGGAGCCAAACCAGUUCCAGCUCUUUUUGGACAUAUCUUCACAAAGCAUCUGAUAUCCUGCUCAAUCCAAAUGACUGGAGGCACACAAAGCACAGGAGCCAAACCAGUUCCAGCUCUGCAGGUUUAGUCCACCACUCAGCGCUGUAUGAUGGGAGAUUCACUGAGGAUAAGUGGAAUAAGACGCCCGGAUUCGUCAGCCAUGGCACCCUGAACCAGGAGGACAGCUUCUGGUCCCAGGCUCUGCAGGACCUGGCGACCUGUGGCCAGUCAGAGAUUCUCAGAAAGCUGGAGGAAUCCAUGACAGGCAGCUCUCUCAGUCUGUACCUAGAGGAGACCAAGACCAGCGAAGACUCUGUGUUUCAGUCUGAAAUUAGUCCCGUUAAGAGCGACGGAAUCUGUGCUCAGUCUAAGAACAACAGCAACUUGAACUUGUCAACUGGGGCCAGACAUGGACUAUCCAGGGGCAAAGGGGACCCCUGCAAUAUUUUGUCCCCUACAACUCUGGCACUGCAUAAGGUGACUAUAAGGAAGGACCCUGAGAGCCAUGACUUUGGUUUCAGUGUAUCAGAUGGGCUUCUGGACAAAGGUGUUUAUGUCAACAUGAUCCGUCCAGAUGGCCCAGCUGACCAAGCAGGCUUAAAACCUUUUGACCGCAUUCUCCAGGUGAACCGUGUGCGGACCAGGGACUUGGACUGCUGUCUAACUGUGCCCCUAAUCAUGGAUGCUGGAGGCAACCUGGACUUGGUCAUUAGCAGGAAUCCACAGGUGGCAGCAGACACCGGGCUAUUUGACUGUGACAACCCCACAAACUCAAUAUUGUGCUUUCCUGAGCACAGGACCAAUAGUAUUGCCCUGUAAUCACAAAGACAAACACUAGCUGGUGAAACACCAUAGCACUGGGACCUGGGACACACGAGUCGCAUACGGUUACAUUUGUCACAUGCACACACACACAGCAUGUAGGCUUCCUCUCACAAACACAAGCAUCCACUCUGACAGCAACUCUCACGCACAAAGUUACAAGUACAUGUGUUCACUCUUGUUGGGUUUAGUCACUGUGUUCACAAGAUGCAGUUCAGCUCACUCGAAGACUAUUAACCCAGUUCUGUGAAGCGAAUUUUUUCAUUCUACAAAAUAAUGCACAUGCAAUGUUUUAUACACAAAAAACUGACACACAGGGUGUUUGAGGACUCCGGGUUCAAGGCAUGUUAUGUUAUUUCAGCCAUCUUGGCUCACUGCCCUCGUUUCCAGUCUCUCCUCCACACUGCCCGCCCUAGAGAAGGGACAGUGCCUCCAAAUAGACAGAAUGCUCUCUGCUACUUGCCAAGUAUCAUUAACUAUAUUUUAAAGGUCCUUAAAUCUUAAUACCACAAAUGCUUGUGGAGACAUUGUACCCUUUCUCUUUGAAAGCAGAUGUCCUUUGAUGGCUGGAUAGUUGGCAUUGCUCCAGAGAGGCCCCACUGUUCACAUACAAUAUGCAACAUUUUGAAUUUGGUCUAAGACACAUUAACAAAUUUGUUUUCGGUUUCACAUUGUGCACAUUGCAUUAGCAUACUACUCACAUUUUUUUUUAUCAUAAGCUAAGACUUCAAUUUUCCCUUUUUAAUUUUUCACAUUUUACUUCCACUGUAUGAAUCCGAGGCUCUGUGCUAUAUGCGGCAUCACACCAGAAUAAGUUUGUGGUCUGUCACUAAUGCCUCCUUAAGAAUAACAUACUUUCCCAAGCAGAGGAUGAAACGCCAUUCACUUUACAGUGAUGACUGAUUUCACUCCUCAUCUGACUAAAAGGCUCAUUGGUUUGUUCUUCUCUGCAGUAGCUGUUUCCCUACCAGCUUCUCCGAGCAUGUUUAAGCGUGUAAGGCUUGACCUCAGCAAGUAGCUCCUCUUUGACAUAAAGAAAUAGUGGAGUAAUCCAUGUUUACUCCCCUAAGAACUUUGAGUGCUCUCAUUGUUUCUAUAAAGCACUGUGUAUAAAUCUGGCUUCUCUGGAAAUGAGAAGAAUUUGUUUCAUUUUCUUGUACUGGCUGAUGCUAUCGGUUAUGUACUGUCUUAGUAGGAGUAGCCACAGAGACUGACUCCUACAUGACUCAUUCAAUGUUUCUCAUUCUGACUGCAGUCUUCUAUGAAAUGUCAUGUUGCAUACGGAUACCUAUUUUUAAGGGGUUUUUUUAAAUUAAUUUAUUGCUUUGUACCUUUAUUUUACUGUAAUGCAUGAGGACAUGCAGUAUUUUGUUUUUAUUCACAGCACAUACAGUACAUAUAAACUGUGAUACUGAAUGUAGAGCACAGUUUUUGGUUAAAUUCCACAUCUCUGAAUAUGUCUGGAGCCAGUUUAAAGGAACUUGGAUUUAUUGGAUAUUUUUAUUUUUGUUAUUUAAUUUACUAAGAAAUAUUUCUUUUUAUGAGAUUAAAGUUAUGAAACCA